UUCACUCCUUCCUUGUUUCUCACCUUCAUCAACCAGAUCAAUCACCCAUCAUUCAGCUCUCAUGGCUUCCGCUUGUGCUUCUUCCGCCGUCGCAUCGCCACCCCAAGUUCUCAGAAGAAUGGAAGCAUCUUGGGAACAAGGACUUCGUUUCUGAGCGGAAGGAAGUUGAGGGUGAACAAGUUUACAGUCGGAGGACGAUCUGUGAGUAGCAGAGUGUGUGCGGCGGCGGCUGAUCCUGACAGACCUCUCUGGUUCCCAGGAAGCACCCCUCCUCCAUGGCUUGACGGCAGCCUUCCCGGAGACUUCGGCUUUGAUCCUCUCGGUCUCGGAUCUGAUCCAGAGAGCCUGAGAUGGAAUGUUCAAGCGGAGCUGGUUCAUUGCAGAUGGGCAAUGCUGGGUGCUGCUGGAAUUUUCAUCCCAGAGUUCCUAACAAAGAUUGGUAUUCUCAACACUCCUUCGUGGUACUCUGCUGGAGAGCUGGAAUACUUCACAGACACCACCACCCUCUUCAUCAUUGAGCUCAUCUUCAUUGGAUGGGCCGAGGGAAGAAGAUGGGCCGACAUCCUCAAGCCCGGCAGCGUCAACACCGACCCGAUCUUCCCCAACAACAAGCUCACAGGAACCGAUGUGGGUUACCCGGGUGGGCUCUGGUUUGACCCAUUGGGCUGGGGCUCUGGCUCACCUGAGAAGGUCAAAGAGUUGAGAACAAAAGAGAUUAAGAAUGGAAGAUUGGCCAUGUUGGCUGUGAUGGGUGCUUGGUUCCAGCACAUCUACACUGGCACUGGUCCUAUUGACAACCUCUUUGCCCACUUAGCAGACCCUGGCCAUGCCACCAUUUUUGCUGCUUUUUCACCCAAGUGAGAAGACUGAGAACAUGUCAGCAAGGAGAAAUACUGGUGAAUGUGUAAUCUGUUUGGGUGAUGAAGAGAAUGUAAUGUGGCUUUUUUCUCUAUGUGGUGCACAUAGUGAUAAUCCAAUCAGUGUACAAAUACUUAUUUGAAGUUAGAUGCCAUGAAUGUAAGUUCACGUAGCAUUCACAUUAGUUUGCAAAGUAAAA